UAACGGAAACGUCGAUCGACCUUUCCGUCUUUGAUUCGUGGACAAUUCAUGGACAAACACCAGCGAUUGGCACAAUUGCUGACACAAUGUAUUUUGCGAAUCGCAGGGACAAAGUUAGUCGGUGUAUCGACGUGUUGCGCGAUCGAUCGUGUCGCGUAAAAUUAUUACUGACACGAUGGACAAACAGACGUUGAUAUUUUCCUUUCUUCUCUUCUUUGCUUCGGCCAUCUUUGCCAGCGAUACGCGUAGAACGGAGCUGAGUUGCAGCGGUCGUGCUUAUUACAACGUGACCCUGACCGCUUAUUAUCCCGUUUUUGACAGUGACAACGAGUUUGACUAUUUGGAUGCUAGAACGAGGAAACUGAGGAAUCUACAGGAUUAUCUGGAUGGUCGUGGAGAAUUUGUGACAGUCUCGAUGGACCUGGAUUCUGGGAUACCAUACGGCACGAAAUUGUGCAUUCCCGAAUUAAACGAAAAAUUCUUACGGCCGAUUCCGCUUCAGGCUAGAGACAAAAGCCGCUACAACGACGUUACCACGAAUUCGCCCGAUUUCUCUCACGUGGACAUUUGCGUUAGAACAGAGCAAGAUACUUACGAUAAUUCGGUGAAUGGCAUCGUAACGCUUUACGUGAAAUUGGCAGAAAAAUGAUUUCGUGAAAAUUACGAAGAAUCGAUAACACGCAACGAUAGAACUGCGAUGCGAACAACGUUUACUUCUUUUCGAAAACAUGUACGAUACAGCGUCUAAAAUAAAUCGAUUAUGCAACGAUGCUUUCCGUUGAAGAAUUAUCAGAUCGACGACCAGUGAGGCCACGUUUGAAUCAGUUGA